UCUGAUUGGUCGAUCGACAGUGAACUGUGAGCGGGUUUACGUCGCAGAAGUGAGUGUCCACGAAGAAGGUGAAUGCAUACGGGGCAAACGUGCACGUUUUUAAACCUCUGAUGUAAACUGCCACUUGGAUUUUGACCCAGAUCAGUGGGAUGUAGUCAUCUCGUCCUCACAGACUCACUUUCAGACCAACUAUCGAAUAAGCAUUGACUGUGAAUCGACCAGCGGGAUUUUGUUCGAGGCGAAGCCGCGUUGAGACACGUUGAGGUCGUAUAAAGUGACUAGUAGCGACCACUGGUCUCACACCCACCCGCAUGAGCUCCACACGGACACGGACACUAACGUUACAACCCAGUCCGGUGGGUCCCGGAGAGCAUGAGCCGAGAUGAGCCAGAGAGACACACUGGUGCAUCUGUUCGGUGGAGGAUGUGGAGGCACAGUAGGUGCGAUCCUGACGUGUCCAUUAGAGGUGGUGAAGACGAGGCUUCAGUCUUCCUCCUUGACGCUCUGCAUCUGCACAGUUAAUGGAGCCAGCGUGGCACGUGUGGCCCCUCCAGGGCCCCUUCACUGCCUCAGAAUAAUUCUUGAGAAAGAAGGGCCUCGUUCUUUAUUCCGGGGCCUGGGACCCAAUCUAAUCGGAGUGGCUCCUUCACGGGCCAUCUACUUCGCAGCCUAUUCCUGCUCAAAGGAGAGACUGAACUGUGUGUUUGAGCCAGACACCACGCAGGUGCACAUGACGUCUGCUGGGAUCGCAGGGUUCACGGCAAUAACGGCAACAAACCCAAUUUGGUUGAUUAAGACACGUCUACAACUGGAUGCCAGGAACCGCGGGGAGCGUCGUAUGAAUGCGUUUGAGUGUGUUCGCCGCGUGUAUCAGAAGGAAGGCCUGCGUGGGUUUUACCGCGGCAUGUCCGCAUCCUACGCGGGAAUCUCAGAGACUGUGAUCCAUUUUGUGGUCUAUGAAAGCAUCAAACGCCGUCUUUUAGAAGCUAAAGCAGCAACACACAUGGAUGAGCAUGAGGACACGGCCAAGGACGCCUCAGACUUUGUGGGCAUGAUGCUGGCAGCCGCAACCUCCAAGACCUGCGCCACAUCGAUAGCCUAUCCACACGAGGUCAUCCGUACACGGCUAAGGGAGGAAGGAAACAAGUACCGCUCGUUCUUCCAGAGUCUCAACCUAGUGUUCCGAGAGGAAAGCUAUCGAGCUCUUUACCGAGGACUCACCACACACCUGGUCAGGCAGAUCCCCAACACUGCCAUCAUGAUGUGCACCUACGAGUUCGUCGUCUACCUGCUCGAUGGCUAACCUCGUGGACCGAACGCUAUGUGGUUUUAUUAACCUUGUCAAAUGCUGUGUGUCCUGGGAGAAAGGUGUUCGGAGAAUCAGGGUAAUGACUUAAAAGUUGGUGUCUAGAAAGAAGCUUUUCCUUCCCUUUCCCUCUUUUAAUCUUCUUUAAAAUGAUGCUGCUUCUAAAAAGCCUUGACAUACCUGACUAACGAUGGCAGUCAGAUGGAGUGUGUUACAUUGACAUCAGCACCAGUUCACCUUUAACCCCCUCAGAGUUUGACUUUCCAUCUCAAACAGCAUUUCACAUCAGAUUGAACUUGAAUGUGGUUUUAGCAGUUUGGUUCUGUCAGAGAAGCUGUUCUUGUGUCGGCAGGUCAUUGAGGGUUUUGUCCGCCACUAUGAUGGUGAUCAAAGGGGAUUUUAUCAAGCUCUGAGCUGGAAAGGAAUCCAAACAGAGGCUCACUUCCUGUCUGGAAACAGCCAAUCGGGUUGCUCUUACACCAUGCAGUGCAAAAGCAGGAAGAUCCUUCAUAGAUUCACACGCCUGACACUAUGCGCACACGUGUACGUGGACCUGCAAAAGGAAAUAAAAAUGUCUAAGAGAGUGUUUUGUCGUUUUGACACUGCACAGGGAAGUGUGUGGUUGUCUCAGAGUGUCAUAUUUGUGCGUUUGUACAGGUUAUUGUGUGUUUGCUUCCCAUUUUUGACUUUAACACAUGAAUGUAACAAUCAUUGAAGCCAAAGUAGGUUAGCACAAAAAAAUCUUUAUAAAAUAUAUGUACUCUGCAGAAAAAUCACUAAAGAAAGGAGGAUUCAUUAUUUAAAUUAGUAAAAAAUUAAUGAAGUAUUAUGCAUAAAAAUAUAAAAAGCCACUGCACUGUUACACAAAUAAGUGAAUUUUUUUGGUGGACAUGUUGUGCCCCAUCCCAAGCACACACACUCACACACACGGAGCACAAAACAGAAGUUUGUGGCUGAAUUUUUUGCCUUGUUUUGCCAUAAAAAUUCCUAGAAAUCCUUUGAACAAGAUCUAUUAACUCGAAAAGCAAAAUUGCAUUCGAUUUUUUUUUAGGCUUUUUCAGGCAAUAUUGAAUUUAUUAUUAUUGUAUUAAUAUUUAAUAAUAAUAACCUUAAAAAAGCAGAAACUUAAAUUAGUUUAGUUUUAUACUUAACAAAAAAAGAUAUUUGCUAAUGAGUUGAGACAAAAACAAUUCCGUGUAUAUUUACUGAUAAUGUCUUGUUUCUUAAUUUCAAGUGAAUUGAUCUUGUUUUAAGUGUGUUUUAGAUAUUUUUUCAGGAAAACAAGACAAGAAUAUUGUUAAACAAAAUGUUUUUGCAGUGUGGACAAAGGAAAAACACAUUAAAAUAUAAAAUAAAGUCAAGCUGUCAAAACGCAUGUUUUCUCUUUGAUGCAGUUUUGUGUACAAUCUGACUCUCACUCUUGUAUGCCUUUAUGAUUCCAGUGUUUGAUUUUUUUUUCUUUCCAGUGUUUUGUUGUCGUUUACAGUCAGUUUGGUGUGAAAGGUGAAAUUACCUGCUCUGUUGUCACUGUUCAUUAUGACAUUAAUAUUCAGCCGUUGG